UAUUGAACAAUAGUUAUUAUUAAUAACCAUUUAAAGAGUGUUUAAAAACAUCUCGCUCAAAAGAGACAAAAGAGGGAAUUCCCAAAAUGGCUGAAUUGCUUUUAGAUCCUGAUAUUAGAUUGUGGGUAUUCCUGCCGAUUGUACUCAUCACAUUCCUGGUAGGCAUAAUUAGACAUUAUGUAACAAUCCUCCUCCAAUCUGAGAAAAAAGUGGAAUCAACACAGAUCGAAGAUAGUCAGUUGUUAAUAAGGAGCCGCCUUCUGCGAGAAAAUGGGAAAUAUUUGCCAAGGAGUGCAUUUAGAAUGAGGAAAGCUUUUCUAGAGGGCAAGUUGAAGGGUAUCAAAAGAGAGCCAGUGCAAAAAAAUCCCAUGACAGAUCCUAGUAUGAUGACUGACAUGUUGAAGGGUAAUCUCACUAAUGUCCUACCUAUGAUUGUCAUUGGGGGCUGGAUCAACUGGGCCUUUUCUGGCUUUCUCACAACCAAGGUGCCAUUUCCACUGACAUUUAGAUUUAAACCAAUGUUGCAGCGAGGGGUAGAGCUCAUCACUUUAGAUGCUUCAUGGGUCAGUUCAGCUUCAUGGUAUUUCCUCAAUGUGUUUGGCCUUCGUAGCAUGUAUAACCUCAUCCUAGGAAUGGACAAUGCGGCUGACCAGACUAGAAUGAUGCAGGACCAAAUGACUGGCUCAGCAAUGCAAGUACAGGAUCCAUCCAAAGCUCUAACAGCUGAAUGGGAAGCACUGAAGAUUACAAAUUACAAUAAUGCUCUAGAAGGGGUAGAGGAAGAUAUUCUGGGGGCAGUCCAGCAGCCUGAGAAUAUAAUUUUUUCAAAGAAUAAAUUCAACUGAUGUGCAAUAGCAUAGUACAUAUUAUUUAAAUAUCUCAUACACUGAGACGUGAGGAACAUGCAUCAUGUUCCAAAGGACUUGUAUAUUAUAUUUUUACGUCACCACCGUGAAGUGUUGAAUUAUUGCUGUAGCCAUUGUUUUUGUGUCCGGCUUUCUGUAUUUGCAACAAAUUGUACAACUUGAGAUUUCGACCAGAUGGUGAUGUUUUGUCAUUUUUGAAGUUUUAAAUGCCUCGACUAAUGAACUUGGCAAUACACCAGUGACAUAUACAUAAGAAUAAUGGAGCCAGUUUCACUUUAGCGGCAGCUUUGAAUAAAUUAAGUGGAAUACAAUGAAUUUAUUUUGAAGAAAUUGGGACAUGGACUUCCUUUAAUACAUGGCAAAUAUACAAUGUCAACUUGGUAAAAACCACGAGGAGAAUACUGGAUUUUAUUAUGUCCACUGCUCAAGUGAGUUAGAUAUUUACAUGUAUCUUAAUAAUAUGGUGGUCAUUGAGCCAUAUUGAAAUCUUGAUUUUCAAGUAUUGAUUUAAAUAAAAAUGUCAAUGCUGCACAAACUGUUUGUUGUAUGGGUAUGGAUUCAACACUCAAUCCGACUGAUUCCUUUGCGUUGUCUAUGUACAUGUGUUCUACAUUACAUUUUUGUAACUUUUAUAUUGUGAAUAAUAUAACAGUGGUAAAAAUAAAUAAAAACAA